AUGGAGUGGAUGUGCUACAUCCACUCUACGAUCAACCAGCCCGGUGACAGAUUGCGUUCCGCGGCUAUCAGCCACGAUGUAUCGCACCCAAUCUCAAGAUUUCAGCAAGAGCAUGGCAGGAACCAGAGGGUAGUUCACAUCCAUCUGCCAACCUUCCCAGCUGCGCUCGACUGUCGAACAUCAGAGCUUCACAUUGGUGAAACAGAGCCCUGCCUCCAUAGUACCUCUUCAUUCGUCUCUCCUUGUGUGCCCUAA